AUGAAAGUCUACCACUCCUUCUUAGGAGAUGACUCUAUCUCCCAACUCCAAGCCAAGUAUCCUGAACAGGCCGGAGGGCGAUCGUCCGGGUGGUUGUGGGCGUGGUGGCGUCGAAGGAAGGAGCGAAAUGGCCGCAAAGUCCGGCGGCGCUCAGGAGGUAGGAGCAACCCCAGUACAGACUUUGCAUCCCAGCGCUCCGAGUCUCCAUCUCAGUAUUGUACGCUGAACGCGCGGCGAGGAUGUGCGAUCGAAAUCGUUGAGGUCGGUGGUGGGGUGUUGAGGAUGGCCGAGAAGGUCGGCGAGGAAAGGAGGCGGAAGCUUUUGGUAAGAGACCCCAACGGAAUCAGCAGGAGCGACGACGACGGCAACAGGCGAUGUAAAGAUUCCACUUCACUCAGCUCGAUCCUCGUCACUGGGACUACAGCCCUCUAUCAGAUCAAGAGCCAAAUGCAUCACGCAUCUACAGGUUUAGCUAUUCCCGCCACAGCGCGUAGCCUGCCCGCAGCGGACUGCCCAAGCACUACGAGCGAGCGCGUUGACCCACAGCCUCUAGGUUUUCAGCCGCUCUACAUGGCACUGCACCGCUUCAGCCGGGACUACUACUCGCAAAGUCAUAGAAAAGGCUCUGGAAUCGGCCUUGUUCAACAUGAUACACGUCAAGCUGACCGCUCGCCAGCUUCGAGGAACGCGUGA